CACCACAUGAUUGCAUUGACAUCACACGUGUUCAGAUCACGAUGCAAAACCUCAAAGGAACCAAAGAAAAACAGUGGCGGUUGGGAACCCGAGGAGAGAAGAGAUAAUAAUGAAGAGAUGAGGAAUCACGGCCGUCCAUUCACAUGGGGUUUCGAAAUUCAAACGUAGCGUUCCCUCUCCCUCUCUUUCCAUGAUAAAAGGAACGUCUCGCUCUCGUUUCCUUUCAUUCCUCUCCAUCCAAAACCCUAGCCUCAUCCGAAUUGCGCCUCCAUGACUAAGAAGAAGAACACCCAGACGAAGGCGGCGCCGGCGCCGGCGACGAGGUCAAGUGAUGUUUCUGUGACCGAGAAGGCUAUGGAUUCGUCGCAGGACAAGAUGGAGAACUUGAAGACACUGAAUAGUAUGCUCCUCAAGGAGACGGUGGAGCAUCGUGGGCAGCUGGCUGACCUUCGAUCCAAGCUCGACGAACUCUCCAUCGAGCAUGGAUUCAUGUCUUCUAUCGAGCACCAGGUAUUUGGCGUUUCCUUUUCCAAUCUCCUUCUCGAUGCCUUCUCGCGCCUCGAUGAUGAGGCGUGGAAGAGGGUCGGGAUCGAGAAAUCUCUCCAUCUUAAAGAGAUCAGGAUUAGGGAACUUGAAUGCGAGAUUGUAUGCCUUGUGGAACAAAUGGAGGUCGUGAUGAAAAAUCGAGAAGAGGUGGAUAGGAUUCGAUUGGAGCUUGGAGUUCUGGAGGUGGAGAAGAAGGAGGUUGAGCGUAGGCUGGUGGAGAAGGAGCAUUUCAUUGCGGAGUUGGAGGUUGGGAGUAAUGCUCUUGAGAAGAACCGGAGGGAAAUGGAGGUUAGAUUGGGCGGAGAGAUCGAUGGAUUGAAGAGAAGGAUGGCAGAGUUGGUGAAUGAUGAGGAGGCGGCUAGUCGAAGGUUUGCUGAGAGGGAGCUUUACAUUAAACAGCUGGACUCUGAGAAGAGUGUUCUUGAGCAAGAGAAAAAGGGGAUUGAGUUGAAAUUGAUGGCGGAGAUCGGUGAGCUGCGACAGAAGAUGGCGGAUAGAGAACUCUACCUUAAGUUGGUUGAGGGUGAGAAAGCAGAAAUGGAGAUGAGGUUCAGGGCGGAGAUUGAUAUGGCGAAGAAAAGGAUGGAGGAGAUGGAGCUUUACAUCAAGCAGUUGGGGGUUGCAAAGUUUUCUGCUGAGGAGGAGAAGAAGGACAUGGAGGUUCAUUUUGAAUGGAAGAUUCAGGGGAUGCUUGUGGAGAUGGAUGGAUUGAAUGUGAGAAUUGCAGAGAUUGGUAGUGAAAAAGAAGCAUUGGAGAGAAAGGUUGCUGAGACGGAGGCAGAUGCUUGUAGGUUGACACAGAGUUUUAAUUCAGGGAUUGAUAACUUGAAGGGAAGGAUUGCAGAGCUGGAGCAUUGUGUUAAGGUAUUGGAAGGCGAGGGGGAUUCAGCUGAGGAAGAGAAGCAAAGAAUGGAAAUCGGGUUUGAAUUAAUGAAGCGGGACAUGGUGGCAAACGUAGAGGAAUUGAAGCAAAGGAUUGUGGCCUUUGGUAAUGAAAGGCAAGUGUUUGAGAGAAAGCUUGCUGAGAUGGAUAGCCUUCGAGGAAGGGUCAAGGAGCUUGAGCUUUGUGUGAAGACAUUGGAGAAGAUUAGAGAUGCAGUGGAGGAGGAGAAGAGAGACAUGAAAGAGAUGUUUGAAUCGAAGACACAAGUGAUGGUUGCAGACAUGAAUUUGUUGAACAACAAAAUUGCAGAUAUAGGUAAAGAAAAGGAUGUUUUUGAGAGGAAACUGGCUGAGAAAGAGGAUUAUGCCAGACAAUUGGAGAGGGAUGGGGAAAAGAUUUCCCAUGGGAUGAGAAUGCAAAUUGAGGAGCUGAAGAAAAGCAAGAGUGUCAUCGAGGAAAAUCUUCAGGAGCUUGAGGGGAUGAUAAAAAAUGUACAGCUUGACAAUGAAGUGAAAAAUAAGAGUGUUGUUGCACUUAUGCAGGAGAAGGAGUUGAUAGAGAGGAAACUAAAGGCUUCUGAGUCUAAAUCCACACGGUUUCUGACAAUGCUGAGGAGUAUGGAAGAUGAGAACAUGAAUGCUGAUUAUGAUGAUAUGGAUGAAGAGGUCAGAAAUUUCGCUGCCGAGAUGAAGGUCAUCAGGGAUUCUUUUGAGUCUAGAUUGGCAAAAGAGAAGGCGAAGAAUGAUAGCAAGCGAUGGGGAUGGGUUUACCCUGCCACUUCGACCAUUGUGGCUGCCAUCUCACUGGCUUAUGCUGCAAGAGGACGCUGAUUUUUUGCUGGGCUUGCAUGCGGGCAGGAGCUCUGCUCUAUCGAUUAGUGGGAGAAUUCUGGCUUGUUCAGGUGAACACUGAAGCUCUCUUUUGUGUUGGAAGCAAUAAUUGCAUUGUUUUCUAUGAGCUUUUAGUAUGCAAUUUAAGUAUUUUACUAUUUUUCUGAUUAUACUGAAUGUGAUUGGUAGACUGCUUGUGUCUUAGCAUCCAAAUUUAGAAGAACUGAAGAAGAGCAACAUAUCAUGAUGGUGCUGUAGUUUAGUUUAUGUGUACUAAUGAACUGCAUUCAAGUAGUGAUGGACCAUGGACCUGAACCUUGUAAAAUGAAUUCGACUAUUGAUGCUGUCAA